GGACUGUUUCGAGUAGCUGGGAGUACUCCGGCGAUUAAAGUGGAUGUCACACUCAAUGGCUGUCCUGUCUCCAUGGAUGUUGAUACAGGGGCAGCUGUGUCUGUCAUUUCAUGGACUGAUUUAAAGGCAUCGGGUCUGUCCCUGCCGCUAAAACCUACAAAGCUCACGCUACAAACCUACAGCAAGGAACUACUACAGCCCUUGGGUUAUGUAAAGCCCCUUGUUACAUUAGGCAACCACAGUCAAAGUCUACGCCUUUAUGUUGUAAGGAAUGGAGGUCCUCCGCUGUAUGGAAGGGACUGGAUCAAAGCCCUGGGCAUGCCUCCUUUUACCAUUGGCCAAUGUACAUUGCUUUCUAAAGUAGACCAUUGGGUGGAAUCCCUGAAGUCACGUUUUAAAGAGGUUUUUGAGGACUCUUUGGGCACCGUAAAAGGAAAGAUGGCCCACCUCCUCUUGAAGCCUGGUGCUACACCUCGUUUUUGUAAGGCAAGAUCAGUACCUUUUGCCUUGCGGAAAAAAGUGGAAGCAGAGCUGGACCACCUAUUGGCUGAAAAGAUCAUAACGAAAGUGGAUAGAAGUGAAUGGGCAUCACCAAUUGUGCCUGUCAAGAAAAAGAAUGGAGACAUUAGGAUUUGUGGUGAUUUCAGGGUAGCUCUGAACAACCAACUUCUUGUGGAUCAAUACCCAUUGCCUCGACUUGAAGAUUUAUUUGGCUCACUGGCUGGGGGGCAAAAGUUUACAAAAAUAGACUUAAAGCAAGCUUACCUGCAACUGCAAGUACACCCAGAUUCACGCCAUCUGUUGACCAUUAACACUCAUAAAGGAUUAUUCCAGUAUAACCGCAUGGUUUUUGGCAUAGCCCCAGCUCCAGCCAUCUGGCAGCGGAUCAUGGAUGAGGUACUGGCAGGAAUACCUUUCACCCAAUGUCUACUGGAUGACAUGCUCAUCACUGGUUCCACUGAUGAAGAACACAGAAAGAAUGUUGAAGCUGUGCUAGGGAGACUCCAAAAGUAUGGUUUACGUGUCAAUCUGUCAAAAUGCGAAUUUCUCAAGUCUCAACUGGAGUUUUGUGCCCACACGGUGGACCGUCAUGGGUUACACACUACUGAAGAAAAGGUUAAAGCCCUUACCCAUGCCCCUACCCCCCGGAAUGUCACCCAGCUCAGGUCCUACCUUGGCCUCCUAAAUUACUACCACCGUUUCUUGCCGAACCUAGCGCACCAGCUCUACCCAUUACAUCGCUUACUGGAUGCAAGAGCUAAAUGGAUAUGGACAGACAAAUGUGAAGAAGCUUUUCGGCUUUCUAAAGAACUCAUUCUGUCUUCUCGAGUUCUGGUCCACUAUGAUUUAAAGAAACCCGUCAUCCUGGCUUGUGAUGCCUCGCCUUAUGGACUGGGUGCAGUGCUUUCCCAUGUCAUGCCGGAUGGCAAGGAGCGCCCCAUUUCUUUUGCCUCCAGGUCUUUAACCUCAGCAGAACAAAACUACUCCCAGAUUGACAAGGAAGCUUUGGCCAUUGUAUGGGCCACAAAAAAAUUUCACGCGUACGUCUAUGGUCGGGAGUUCACACUUAUCACUGACCACAAACCUCUGUUGUCAAUACUGAACCCUCAGAAAGGAAUUUCUACAACAACCGCAUCUCGCUUACAAAGGUACGCUUUAUUUUUAGGAGCUUAUGCUUAUUCGAUCAGAUACCGCUCCCAUGAUACCCAUGGCAAUGCAGAUGCAUUUUCCAGAUUGCCACUAAGAGAUGACCACCCACUAAGAGAGGUACGUGUAGUGGAAGUACACAGGCCACAAUCUUGCAUGUCCACCUCCCUGAUUGCCAGACAUACAGCCACAGAUCCUUUCCUGUCUCAGAUAUUCUCUUAUGUUCAGACUGGAUGGCCAGGGAGUGUUUCAGGUGACUUUCGUCCGUACUUUGCCAGAAAAUGUGAGCUUGUGACUAAUGCUGGUUGCCUACAAUGGGGCAAUAGAGUGAUUGUACCCCAGUACUUGAAAUCAACCAUGCUAAGGAUACUGCAUGAAGGCCAUCCUGGUGUGGUGCGCAUGAAGCAGCGGGCCCGGAGCUAUGUUUGGUGGCCACAAAUGGAUACAGCAAUUGAAGAUUAUGUUGCUCAAUGUCCUGGGUGCUGUCAAGCCCAGCGACCCCAAAAGAGAGGAACCCUGCAACCUUGGCCAUGGCCAACAGAACCGUGGUCCAGACUCCAUCUUGAUUUUGCUGGCCCCAUCCAGGGUAAAAUGUAUUUGAUCGUGGUAGAUGCACAUUCAAAAUGGCCGGAGGUUUUUCAAAUGCCUUCUAUUACCUCAGCUGCUACCAUUCUAGUCUUGAGGAAGCUCUUUGCUCAAUUUGGCUUGCCUACAGCCAUAGUCUCCGACAAUGGAACUCAAUUUACAUCGCAUGAGUUUCAAUCCUUCCUUAGUGGUUUGGGUGUCCAACACUACAAAACAGCUCCUUAUCAUCCAGCUUCCAAUGGGCUGGCAGAACGAUUUGUGCAGUCAUUUAAGAAGCACUUACUGUCCACUCUGGACCAGGUUGGACUGUCAGAAGAGAAGCUGCUGGAAUUCUUGAUCAUGUACCGUAACACGAAACACGCUACUACUGGGCUGUCACCGGCUUUUCUUAUGUUUGGCAGGCAUCUCCGCACCAAACUUGAUUUAGUUCGUCCGCAGGAGCAGUCACCAACACCUCCUCCGGGAUUCCGUGCCGGUGAUCUUGUAUGGUCUCAGAAUUACAGAGCUUUGCCUCCUUGGCUUCCUGGCGUUAUUGAUGGAACUCUUGGCAGAAGAAUGUACCUUGUCCGCCUGGAGGAAGGCAUUUGUGUUCGGCGACACCUUUCACAAUUGAGGAAACGCAUUUGCCGGCCACUAGUGACAAAACCGACCCUUCUUUCUGACCACCCACCAGAGUCUACUCUGAACUCUGCUGGUGACAUAUGGCAUGGUGUCUGGUAUGAUCCCACAAGUUUACACCCAAACCCUGAACCGGUUGGUGACCAUAUUCCUGAGGAGCCCGGACAUGUGCCUGCAGUUACAGAGACUGAUUUGUCUGUGGGAAGCCCACUGACAUCUCCAGUGCCUUUGACUGACUUUAUUCCUCCCGGUGCUGUACCUCUGCGUAGGUCUACCCGUCAAAGACGUCAAACGCCUCGCUGGCAAAGUGCUGAAAUCUUACGGGACACAUUGGAGGUCAGGGAACAGAGACAAAGGGCUCAUGAAGUGCUGCGGAAAUCACAGAACUGA